CAGAACCCGACGGCAGUUUGGAAAUUACAUUUGAUGUUUAGAACCGAGCUUGGAAUAUAAUGCAUUGCUUUGCCCCAACCCUUAUAAUCAUUAUUGUGUGGACCGAUGUUGUUUUGGGAUGGAGUGCCAAAGCUUUGCACCAGAGUACCAAAAUGAAAAAAGCGCGGAAUUUGGUUCUACAGCCCGUCAGCGGAAAGCGGCUGACUUCGAUUAAGCUGAUUAGAAAAAGUCCAAAUACUUUCGUGGCGACGGCACAUUUCUCACAUCGGAGACGUCUCAUUGUUGCACAUUGCCAGGGUGGCAGAGGGAAUAACACGCUUUUUUAUACAAAUAAAGAGGGAGCAAUAGAUUUUAGCGGUCCUUCAUCAAUGCUCGUUAGAAUUGGAAAAACCAAAUACAAAUUUCCAAAAGAAGAGGCGACUUUUUCCGAGGCGAAGAAAUUUUGCAACAAAGAAAACAUGGACGUUGCCGCUUUAAACAAUCCAGACGAAGUUAGCAAAAUUUCAGAAUAUCUCCAAUACAUUGGUUUGUCGGACAACCCCGUUUUUGCAUCCUUGUCCUCUAAUCAAAGCACACCCUUGAGUAACUGGGGUCAAGAUGCCCCACCCGGGGGCGAGGGCACUUGUUUGGUGCAACAAAACGGGGCCCUUUACAACGCUUCCUGCGAUCAAAAGGCUUAUUUUGCGUGUGAAGAGAGGCCCCUUCCAAAUGGAGUUACUACAACAAUAGGACCAGAAUCAUUGUCAUCACUAGGAGAUGCUGUGCUGAGUUUCGUCGGCGGUAAAAACAUUUUGGUUCCGAGCGAAAAAGCCAACGCUAAGGAGGCAGAAAGCAUGUGCGCUAAUCAGGGUCUCCAACUAAUGUCCCUCGACUCAAUGGCCCAAAUGGACUCGGUCCAGGAUUUCCUUGGAGAUAUUGGCAAGAAAUUUUAAAACAAAAACAUGCAAUUUGACAUGAAUUAUAAUUUAUAAUAAUUAAAAUAAAAUAA